CCCCCCUUACAUAAAAGUGAGCAGAACAGCAGCCGUGCAAGAACAAGAAAGAAAGAAGGAAAGAAAGAAGGAAAAGAAGCAUCCGUAGGCGCGUGAGACAAGUUUUGAAGAAGUUUGGCGAGGAUGAAGUCGCGUUUGCUGCUUGCGUUUUUUCUCUUCUUGUUCUCGUGGAGCCGCAAAAGUUUGGCCCGCUCGCCUUACCAGGCCGUCCUGCAGCACAGCCGCGUCCGCGGACGCCAGCAAGGGCCGAACGUGUGCGCCAUGCAGCAGCUGCGAGGCAGCGACAAGAAAUAUUUAGCCAACUGCAAGCAAUGGUAUCAUCGCAAGAUCUGCAACCAGCCCACGGUGGUGACUUACGAGUGCUGUCCGGGUUACGAGAAGAUUCCUGGAGAGAGAGGCUGCCCUGCAGCUCUGCCUCUGGUGAACAUCUACAACACAGUGGGGGCGGUGGGCGCCUCCACCACCAAGAUGUACGCCGACAGAGCCCAACUCAGGGAGGAGAUCGAAGGUCCCGGAAGCUUCACCUUCUUCGCGCCCAGCAACCAGGCCUGGGCCGCCCUGCCCACGGAGAUCUUGGACGCUCUGGUGAGCAACGUGAACAUUGAGCUCCUCAAUGCUCUCCACUAUCACAUGAUCAACCGCCGGCUGACGUCGGAGGAGCUGAAGCACGGCUCGUCUUUCUCGUCCAUGUACCAGGACUUCCACGUACACGUGCACCACUACGCCAACGGGAUCGUGACCGUGAACUGCGCCCGUCUGAUCAAAGCCGACCAGCACGCCACCAACGGCAUCGUGCACGUGGUGGACCGUGUCAUCACGGCCGUUUCCAACAACGUGCACAUGCUGAUCGACGUUGACGACGACCUGGAGACGCUGCGUACGGCCAUUGCCGCCGCCGGUCUGACCAACGUUCUGGAGAACGAGGGUCAUUACACCAUCUUCGCUCCUACCAACGAGGCCUUCGAGAAGAUUCCACAAGAGACUCUGAACAGGAUCCUGGGAGACCCUGUAUCCCUUAGAGAUCUGCUCAACUACCACAUCCUAAAGAACAUGCGCUGCGCAGAGUCCAUCGUGUCGGGAACGCCGAUGGAGACGUUGCAGGGUACAGUUCUGGAAGUGGGAUGCGACAGAGACCAGCUGACAGUCAACGGAAAGGCCGUGGUCGUCAAGAAGGACCAGCUGGGCACCAACGGCGUCGUCCACUACAUCAAUGAACUGCUCAUCCCGGACUCGGCAAAAACUCUUCUGGAGCUGGCCGAAAGCACCAAUGUGGCAAGGGCGACCCAAAUGUUUGUGGAGGCGGGUCUGAGCAGCCACCUGAAGGGCUCCGAACCGCUGACCAUACUGGCCCCCCUGGACGACGCCUUCACAGGAAGCGUGACAACUGACGUGACCAAGGUGAUGACCAAUCACAUCAUCAAGGAGCAGCUGUCAUCCAAGUCCUUGUAUCACAAUCAGGAGCUGGAGACGCUGUCGGGAGUCAAACUUCGAGUCUUUGUCUACAGAAAUAACUUGUGCAUUGAGAACGCGUGCCUGGCUGCCCACGACAAGACGGGACGCUACGGCACCAUGUUCACUGUUGACAAUGUGCUCACGCCCCCCGUGGGAACCAUAAUGGACGUCUUGAAGGCGGACGACCGCUUCAGCGUUCUGGUCGGGGCUAUACAAAUUGCCGGAAUGACGGAGCUGCUCAACCAACCCGGUGCGCUGACCUUCUUCGCACCCACCAACGCCGCUUUCCACGCAAUGUCGCAGCUGGAAGUCAACAAGCUGAUGCGAGACCGCCAGCAGCUGUCCUCCUUACUCAAGUACCACCUGGGUGAGGGGAUGGUGGUCAGCGGGGGAGUGGGCUCUCACACCAGGAUCAAACCUUUGCAGGGCGACAAGCUGGAGCUGGGCGUGGUAAGUGCUGGCGCCGCCUUUGGGUUUUGUGCUUCAAUUUCGGUUAACGUCGCGUCUCGCCUGCAGAGGAACUUCACAGUCUUCGUGAACAGAGUGCCGGUGGCCCACAGCGACCUGAUGGCCACCAACGGUGUGGUCCACGGCGUCAACAGCAUCAUCAAACCGCUGCCUCCCAAGGUCAACCGAGAACAAGCGGACGGGCCGGAGGCUUCCAUCAGGUUGUUUUCUUCUUCUACCUCCUCCACGCGCUCGGACUCUGGGAGCUUCAGGAACGACGACCUUUUCCAAAAGGUUAUCCAAAGUCACUCCAGCAGGACCGUGAACGUCGCUCAGUGAUGAUGUCACAGUUUUCAUGUGAAACAAUCCCAAUUCAGUUUUUUUUAAAUCCACGAAGUCAUAUGCUCACUUCCUGUUGACAAUCUCGCCACAAAACAAGAAAAGUAGCGAGCUUUAAAAUCCUAGAAAUGCACCCAGCUUGAGUUUGGUUCGUCAAAAUGUGAAACAAGUCCAAACUGAUACUAUCUUCGUUUCUUAGCAUUGUUGCUAACUAGCUUAUCAUCAUUAACUAGCUAACACUUGCUAGCUCAUUCACUAACUUGAGCAAAUAAUCGCAAAGAUGUGUCAGCAAAAUCUCACUUCCUCUUUUGGAUGUUGCUAAAAAGCAUUUUAGCCAAACUUUUAAUUCGACAGCUUUUUCAAUCCGUUCAAGCUACUGUUGUUGUUUUUACACGUUGACAGGAAAUCAACCAAAGUGUUUUUGUAAAAUAAAGCUCCAGUGUUACGUGUUCACAAGA